AUGCCGACAGUUACUUUACCACCUAAAGAGAACGCUCUCUUUAAGAGGAUUUUGCGAUGUUACGAGCACAAGCAGUACAGAAAUGGACUCAAGUUCUGCAAACAAAUCCUGGGCAACCCCAAGUUCGCAGAGCAUGGAGAAACCCUGGCUAUGAAGGGCUUGACCUUGAACUGUCUGGGGAAGAAGGAAGAUGCUUACGAGCUGGUGAGAAGAGGUUUGCGCAAUGACCUCAAGAGUCACGUCUGCUGGCAUGUAUACGGUUUAUUACAGCGGUCUGAUAAGAAGUACGACGAGGCCAUCAAGUGUUACCGAAAUGCGCUGAAGUGGGACAAGGACAACCUCCAGAUUCUCCGGGAUUUGUCUCUACUGCAAAUCCAGAUGAGGGAUCUGGAAGGCUACCGGGAGACACGGUACCAGCUGUUGCAGUUGCGUCCCGCUCAGCGAGCUUCCUGGAUCGGAUAUGCUAUUGCCUAUCACCUCCUGGAAGACUAUGAGAUGGCAGCAAAGAUCAUUGAGGAAUUUAGGAAAACACAACAGACAUCUCCUGACAAGGUGGACUAUGAAUACAGUGAGCUGCUGCUUUACCAGAACCAGGUGCUAAGAGAAGCAGGUCUAUAUAAGGAGGCUUUGGAGCAUCUGACAAAUUAUGAAAAACAGAUUUGUGACAAAUUGGCAGUGGAGGAAACGCGAGGGGAGUUGCUGUUAAAAUUGGAGCGUUUGGAUGAGGCUACAGAUGUUUACUAUCGCAUGCAGGAGAGGAACCCGGAGAACUGGUCAUAUUACCAUGGCCUGGAGAAAGCACUGAAACCAAGUAGUGUGGAGGAGAGGUUUAAGGUCUAUGAGGAUGCCUGGGAGAAGUUCCCGAAAGGCCUUGUUCCUCGUCGACUUCCCCUCAACUUUCUUUCUGGUGAGAAGUUCCGAGAAUGUCUUGACAGGUACUUGAGGAUGAACUUCAGUAAAGGAUGCCCACCUGUCUUCACCACCCUGAAAUCCCUUUACAACGACAAAGAAAAGGUUUCAAUUAUAGAAGAAUUGGUGGUCGGAUUUGAGAGCUCCUUAAAAAGCUCCAGACUAUUCAGCCAAAACGAUGAUGGUAAAGAGGAGCCACCAACCACAUUGCUUUGGGUGCAGUACUUUCUGGCUCAGCACUAUGACAUGGUUGGCCAACAGACACUGGCUCUGGAAUACAUCAACACAGCCAUCGAGAGCACUCCAACCCUCAUUGAACUCUUCCUUAUCAAAGCCAAGAUUUACAAGCAUGCUGGGAACAUACGAGAGGCCGCUCAGUGGAUGGAUGAGGCACAGGCUCUGGACACUGCUGACAGAUUCAUCAACUCCAAGUGUGCCAAAUACAUGCUGAAGGCUGGCAUGAUCAAGGAGGCGGAGGAGAUGUGUUCCAAGUUCACACGGGAGGGGGCAUCAGCAGUGGAAAACUUGAAUGAGAUGCAGUGUAUGUGGUUCCAGACAGAGUGUGCACUUGCCUACAAGGGUAUGAACAAGUUUGGGGAGGCUCUCAAGAAGUGCCAUGAAAUUGAAAGGCAUUUUGUGGAGAUAACGGAUGACCAAUUUGACUUCCACACCUACUGCAUGAGGAAGAUGACACUGCGCUCAUACGUGGACCUGCUGAAACUUGAGGACGUACUUCGGAUGCAUCCCUUUUACUAUAAGGCUGCAGUCACAGCAAUUCAAAUAUACCUGAGCCUCCAUGACAAUCCUCUGACUGACGACAGCAAGGAAUUGCAGGCAGACACUGCUAACCUGUCAGACAAAGAGUUGAAGAAGCUCAGGAAUAAACAGCGGAGAGCCCAGAAAAAGGCACAGCUAGAGGAGGAGAAGAAGAAUGCAGAGAAAGAGAAGCAGUUGAAGAAUCAGAAAAAGAAAAAGGAAGAUGACGAUGAAGAGAUUGGCGGCCCAAAAGAGGAGCUCAUUCCUGACAAAUUGGUCAAGGUAGAAAAUCCACUGGAAGAAGCGGUCAAAUUUCUAAUACCGCUCAAACACCUUGUUAAAGAUAAAAUUGAUACACACCUACUGGCAUUUGAAAUCUACUUCAGAAAAGAAAAGUACCUGUUGAUGCUCCAAUCAGUAAAGAGGGCUUUAGCCACCGACCAAGACCACCCAUGGCUACACCAGUGUCUAGUGCGCUUCUUCAACUGUGCAGUUGCAGAGAGCAAAGAGCUACCCGAUGUGGUUCGGACAGUCUUGAAGCAAGAAGUCACCCGGCUGUUUGGAGAUAGCAAUGCUAAGAGCUUCAACCAGGCCUUCCUCUCCAAACACUCCAAUUCCAUACCACACCGAUUGGCUGCUGCAAAAAUGAUGGUAUACUUGGACUCGUCGACACAGUCAAAGGCAGUUGAAUUGGCCACCGCCCUUAAUGAGUCGCUCAACAAUAGAUCUAUCCAGAUCUGCACAGAGGUCCUGGAGAAUCUUCGGAAUGGCUACCUGGGCGAUUCAAAGGAGUGCGCCGAGUCCUACCGUGCCGAGUGUCACAAGCUUUACCCCUACACAUUAGCUUUCAUGCCCCCUGGAUACGAGGAGAACACCAAGAUUGCAAAUGGUGACGUUUCCACAGAAACAGAAGAGCUAGCCAACGAGAUGUGA